CAGGCCCAGGAGCAGCAGUCAAUAGGACUAUCAAAACCUUCUGAGAAAGCCACCAUGACCCUCAGGAAGACGUCCACACAGACCCGGAUCUGGGAGUCCCCGGUAGAGUCCCAGGGCAAGCAGUCCCCACCAGAACUGCCUCUAAGAGAGUCCCUGCCCAAGGACUCUGGCCUCCAGGCAGUUCCUAGCACACAUACUCUUUAUGUGGGCCACCUGAACCCCCAGUUCUCUGUGCCAGUGCUUGCCUGCUUGCUGCGAGACACCCUAGAGCGGCUGGAGCUGCCAGUGCCCCGUGAGCACAUUGAGGUAGUGAGGAGGCCGCGGAAUGCUUACGCACUGGUACAGGUGGCUGCCCCCAAGGAGUCCCUGGCCUCCCUCCCCUGGCGCCUGCAGAUGGCCUUGGAGGAGCAGCUAAUCCUCAAAGAGCUCACAGCCCGUGGCAAGGAGCUGGUGUUGAGUGAGGGCUUGGAGUCCCUAAACCAUAGGGAGGUAAGAUAGGAAGAUGAGCAGGACAGCGGACCAAGCCCAAACCCCAGCCCUGGCCCCAGCCCUGGCCCCAGCCCAGGAUUCAGGCGACAGCAGCUACCCCAACUGGCAGACACUUCCCCUAACUGGUGCUGGGCUGGACGUCGGCAGAUCUCUCAGAACCGACCGAGUGGUGUGCGCUCUGACAGUGCCAUUGUACACCAGGAGAUCCUGGGCCAGGAGCAGCUGUUCCAGGGUGCCUUCCUUGGCAGUGAGACACGGAACGUGGAGUUCAAGAGAGGCAGUGGUGAGUACUUGAGCCUGGCUUUCAAGCACCACGUGCGGCGCUACGUGUGUGCCUUUCUCAACAGUGAGGGUGGCAGCCUGUUGGUAGGCGUCGAGGACAGUGGCCUGGUGCAGGGCAUCCACUGUAGCCACCGUGAUGAGGACCGCACGCGCCUGCUGGUGGACUCCAUCCUGCAGGGCUUCAAACCCCAGGUCUUUCCGGAUGCCUACACCCUCACCUUCAUCCCUGUCAUAAGCACAGCCACAGCCAGCAUGCCUCUCAAGGUUCUCCGCCUGACCGUGCACACCCCCAAGGCCCAGGGUGAACCACAGCUGUAUGAGACAGACCAGGGGGAGGUAUUUCUAAGGCGUGACGGGAGCAUCCAGGGCCCACUGUCAGUUGGCGCUAUCCAGGACUGGUGCAGGCAGAAAUGGACAAUGGAGCUGGGCAAGUUGGAAGAGAAGGUGAAGGUGCUAACGGCGGAAAAGGAGCAACUUCAGCAACAGCUGAGGCAGCGCCGGUCCCUGUCCUGCAGCUGUUGUGUCCUGUGA